AAGGCAAUAGAUCGAGGCAUUUACUUUGAACUUCUUUACACGCCCGCCAUCAAAGACUCCACAAUGAGAAGAUACACAAUUUCAAAUGCGAUCAGCCUGAUGCAGAUCUGCAAAGGAAAGAACAUUGUUAUAUCUAGUGCAGCUGAAAGGCCUCUAGAACUACGAGGUCCUUACGACGUGGCUAAUCUAGGUUUGCUGUUUGGGCUGUCAGAAGGCGAAGCCAAGGCAGCUGUGUCUACCAACUGCAGAGCCACCAUGCUUCAUGGAGAAACUCGGAAGAGUGCCUGUGGGGUAGUGUACACAGUGAAGAAACCUCGCAAGGUUGAGGAGGAAGAAACAACACUGCCAGCCUGCAAAAAAGCUAAGACUCAAGCUUGAGGACUGAACCAAUUAUGAACAAGAGCCUCCAUCCCGUCUUUACUCAGUGUUGAGUCUUCUUCCACCCUCCAGCCAGCCCACUUCCUCCCUUACUACUUUAUUUAGCCUGGACAAGAAUUAUUCUUCUGCUGUACAAGUGAGGAAAGUUGUGAGAAU